CUCAGUUCACCUUCUAUCUGCUGGAAAGUUGUAAAGUAUUUGUUGAAUUGGUCUUAAACUUCUUUAUGUCUUUGUUUAAUUCUAAAACACUCCCAAUCUCCAUCCUUACUACGUUCUGGCAAUUGUAUUAACUUUUUCUUUGAUUUCAUUUCACCUGUAAACCAUGCUUGAACCUUUCCUGUUGUAAUGUUAUCGCUUAUUUGCCAUAAAUAUUUAUAGAAGGGUGUUUUGUUUUCUUGGAUCAUUAAUGUGCCUUUUCAUCUCUUCACUGCCACUCAGUCCACCUAAGCCCAAGCGAUCUCCCAGUUGCCAAACAAUUUUAACUCCCCCUCCCAUUCCCACACUGACCUUCAAAAUUCCUUCUCUCCAUAGAUGCUCCUCACCUGCUGAGUUAUUCCAGCAUUUUGUGUCUACCUACACUGACCUUUCUGUCCUGCCCAAUGCAAAUUAGAGGACAGCACCUCAUAUUUCACUUGGGCUGCUUUCACCCCAGCGGUAUGAAUUUGAUUUAUCUAACUUCAAGUAACCCUUGCAUCCCACUCUCUCCAUCCCUUCCCCACCAUAGUUCUCUGACUACAUUCACUGUCCUCCUGAUUAAUGUUACUGUGUGUGUGCCUCCUGGUCAUUUCCCCUAACAACGAAGCAAUCUUCAUUUCCUUAAAUCGGCUGCUUUGAUUUGCCGUGUUUACACCUUACCCCUCUAUAUCUCUAGUCUCCCUCUCCCCUGACUGUCUGAAGAAGUAUCCCGACCCGAAACAUCGCCGAUUGCUUCCCUCCACAGACGCUGCCCGUCCCGCUGAGUAACUCUAUGAUCCAAAGAUAUUAUAGCAGAUCUGCUGCAGGAUCUUUGCUAUGAUCUAUGAUCUUUGCUUCCGGCCAAAAGCUCCGCUCAAUGAUCUUUGCUUCCGGCUGUCCGCAACGGACGUUACGGACAUAGCGUCACUUCCGUCGAGUGACGUCACGCGCGAGCGGGCGCCAUGACAACGGCGCAACAUUGGCGUUCGAUUGGCGGCCGUUUGCAUCCAUUGUGGGUCCGGGUCUCCGCGUCCGGAAACUGCAACUUGUUAAGUUGAAUACGUUUCUUAGCGGGGAGAAAUGCCGAAUAAAGUUCUGAAAUUAACGGUGCAUCUGAAAAUCCAGGCGUAUUUACUGUAGAGGAAGAAGAUAGCAUGCCAGACACCACAUGGAAACUAAAAUUGAAACAGGGACAGGUCUGUCCAAAAGCAAUAUAUAAGCAAAAUAACAUUUAUGAAGAAAAUAGAGUGACAAAACCCCAGGACCAGAUGGUUUCCAAGAAAGUAGGUUUCAUGUCCUGGGGUAUAUCUACCGGAAAAGGAUGAUGUCUACGUUAGUGUAUGCAUGUUGGGAAAGUUCCAGAAAACCAAAUUUCUCCCUUCUGUCUUUCCAUUGACCUUCAAUCACAAAAUGAAGUUUGAAAAGAACUUUCCAGAAGCUAUGAAUCCCGGGGAUGUUGCGGACUUGCUGGAAAUGGACACAACUAAAUUUGAAUUGAUACAACUGACUCCACCAGUGGGUGAAACACUGUCCAUCUAUGAGCAGAAUACCAGGGAGUUUCUUUAUCCGGGUCGCAAGCUAACACCGAGCUAUCCUGGCAUGGACAGAGAGCUGUUAAUGAAGAGAUCAAUUGAUUUUCCUGGUAUAGCACCCCGACUGGAAUUUUCAACAACUUCAAUUAUCAAAGAAUGCCCUCUCAACUCCAUACACAUUGAAUAUGAGGAGGAUAAUAUGAAGUUGGAACCAGAGACCUCUCCAGUCAGGCAAUCCAUGACAAAAUCAUCAAAGAGAAAAACGUGCCGUGCUGAAUGCCCAAGAAAAUUCAGCAAAUAUAACCGCUACAAAGAACCCACAAUAGCUUCUAGGACACGGUCUCCAUCACCAUAUACUAAACGACGAAUGGCAGCACUCUCAGAGGAUGCGAAUCAGAGACUUGCACACUUAAAUCUGGGACCUUAUCAAUUUAAAAAGGAAACGGAUAGCACACCUCCAUUUGUAAUAAGACACUUUGAUCAUAAGUUGUUGCCCACUGAUGAUUUGUGCAUAACUACAUCGCUUUCUUCAAAACCAAGUUUUCAAAAGAAUUGGCCUCUGGGUUCAUCAUUUGGUGAUGAUCCAUCACUAUGCGGAAGCUACAGACCCAACAAGACUUCAGUAAAUGCCAUCAAAAAGCCUCGUGAGAAAGAUCAAGAUGAUUUUUAUGGCGAUACUGAUGCGCAUAUUAUGUCACGACCAGUUGGCAGACAACCCUCUCCUGCCACAGUAAUGAACUGUUCAACAUCGUCCUAUUUCCAGAAACAAAGCCCUGUUUUAAAGCGAUUAUCUCUUCGAGAGAGAUUUUAUUCAGAGCCAUCUACACCAACAAAAGGGGAGGACAUCCAUCAACGAGUAAUGAAUGUUUUGAAGACAAACAGUGCAAGGCAAAGGCUGACAUUUAAUUCUACUGAUGACAUAGAUUAUCAUUCAGGCAGAAGAUCUGUCUCGUCUAUGGAUUCAAUGUAUGAUACAACAGAUCAUCUCAGUUCAGUACUCCAGCAUGACACGUCUGUACAUCUGGGUGAUGGCGAUUAUUGGUCAAAUCGGGCGGCUGUUUAUAAAAGAAAGUCUCACAGGGCAAUUUUUGAAGAAAGCCUGGAAAGGAUCUAUAGAAAUAUGUACAAGAAAGCUGCAGCUAAAUCAUAAAAAUUACAUAGACCAGUAUAUGUAAAACUAUUAUUGUGUUCAUAACAGAUAUGGUGCUUUUUCCAAAACUGUGUCUGUCCAUCAGAAUUGAUAAAUGGUGAUCAAUAAUUACUUGUAUUAUUAGCAUGAGUUAAUACGUAGCAAGAAUUAAUGGUUAAUAAUAUUUGUGAUUUGUGAGUUUUUAAAUAGCAAAAAUGAAACUAUCUGUGAAUGCCCAAUUAAUUCUAUAUUCUACAUUACAACAUGUGUUAGGCAUGAUAUAAUUCAAUUUAAUUGAGUUAACAAGAUAAUUAAAAUAACAACAAAACCAUUAAUUUUGUCUCAAAUGCACAGGAGAUGAAAAUAUAUUUGAAAAAAUAUUGUUUUUAUAUUGUGGCUUCCUACUUGUAAGAGUUUGAGAAUGAUAUUUAAUAACAAAGAUGGUUGAAAUACUCAUGGCUUGAUAGAGCAAUACCAAGUAAAUGCAAGGAUCAAAUAAAGUAUAAUAGAAAAAUGUUUUAAACAAAAAUAAUUGCCACUCAAAGGUACAUUUCUUCACAUUGAUUAACUAUGUUAAGUGAAAGGUGGACUGUAAAAGACAGCAGUAUGCAAUUAUGGAUAUUGAUUUCCAGGAAGUACAGUUAUAAUCAAAAAAUCUUAUUUUGUUCCAAUUACCAAAUAUUAUGUUGUAGCGGGGACUCACAGGAGCCAAGAAUUAGUCGAACACAAAGUUGUGAGAGUGAAAUGUAUUUUAUUACUACUACCAUGCCACAUGAUCCCCCCAGAACCGGAGGCACCGAAACGGACAAGACGCCGAACGAGGCAGCCUGACCGUGUAAACACGUCCACCCGAACAGAGUCCUUGACCUGCCCGGAAGAGCAUACAGGAACCCGCGACGGCGGGAGCCCGUGACGAGGAGGCUGGGUCACUUGAACCAGCUCGCUCAGGUCCAAAUGGGCCAGCUUACGGUGCUCUUACCGGCCCGCGUGUCCGCUCCGGAAGGAGGCAAAACGCUAACCUCCACUCCAGUGUCCAACAGGAACCUACGCCCCGAGCGCCGGUCCCAGGAAUACAAAGGAUGAAUUUCGCCGACCACUGCGGUGACUACCGGCGGCCGGCUCCGGAGUUUCCCAGGAACGCACACGGCUGGCAGCAUUGGCGGGCCGUUGCCCACCAGCGUAGGUGGUAAGAGCACCACAUCUUUUUCCCUGCCUCCUGUGCCACUUGCCUGGUCUGUGGCUCCGUGGAGCCUCUUGUGGGCAUGGUCCUAGGACGCUGUGCCUUCCAGGGUGCUGAAUUGAUCCGGUCCAGGGUUUCCAGCACACCCACUUCCUGCUGGUUGGCCCGCCACAGCUCGUCAGCGCAUGCCACUAGCAUCAGAGGAUCUUCGAUGCUCUCCCCCAAGAGCUGCCUGUGGAUUUUGCGCCGCAACUGGUGUAAGUAGGUGUACUCAACAGGAGGUAGGACCGGUGGUCGCCCAUGAGAGCGAGCAUCUCGUUCAUGAGGACCGAGGAUUUACGGUCGCUGAGCCCGCCCAUGUUGAGAACCUGCGCCGCUCACUCCAUGCGGCUCGGCCCGAAGAUCCAGAGCAGCAGCUCCUUGAGGCCUGUGUACUUCCCCGCCGCUGGGGGAUUAUCCAUGAAUGGCACGACCCGACCAGCCGUUUCCUGGUCGAGAGCGCUUACAGCGUAAUGGUAACGGGUCUCGUCAACCAUUAUGCCACGAACGUGGAACUGCGACUUAACCUGACGGAACCAUACCCGAAGCGGGCAAUCCAAUUUGCCAGAAGGGCUCGAACGCACGACUGGGCGGAAGUGUCCACGAGUGGGAUGGCCUCCAGCCACCAUGUAAAACGAUUAUCACCGUCAGUAGAUGCGACACACCCUGGGAAAGCGGCAGCGGUCCCACUAUGUCCAUGUGUAUGUACGUGGUUGAACCGCCGGUGUGGCACCGAGAAAUCCUGUAUCCAUGCCUGGAUCUGCCGAUGUAUCUUGGAUGACUGGCACGGGAUGCAUGCCCGUGCCCAGUGACCGACCUGCUUCCGCACACCAUGCCAGAUGAAUCUUGCCGCCACCAUGGCAAACGUGGCCCAGAUCGACGGGUGCGCCAGACCGUAGAUCACCUCGAAAACACGACGGCUCCAGGCCGCCGGGACAACCGUCCGCGGCUAUCCCGUGGAGACGUCGCAUAAUAUGAAAGCAUCCGAGGGACCCAACGGCAUAUCCUCCAACACCAUUCCGGUGAUCGCGGUGCGGUAAGCUGGUAUUUUCUCGUCCGUCAGCUGCUCCGCCGCCAAGGCGGUGUAGUCUAUCCUGACGGCCGGGCUGAGCACGACUGCGAUCACCGGGCGGGACAAGGCAUCCGUCAUCGGGUUGCAUUUACCGGCGAUGAUGUAUUCGGACAUGGCUGUCUGCUGGUGCUGCUUGCAAGCGGACCAAGGAUCCGAGACCUUUGCAGAUGCGAAUGUGAGGGGCUUAUGGUCUGUGAAGGCCACAAAGUGCCGGCCCUCAAGAAGUACCGGAAAUGUCGCACAGCGAGAUGCAAGGCGAGCAACUCCCAGUCAAAGGCACUGUAGCGACACUCCGCUGGGUUCAGCUGUCUGCUGAAGAAGGCUAGAGACUACCAUUGACCGUCGAAGCACUGCUCCAGUACCGCGCCGACUGCUGAGUCCGAGGUAUUCACGGUAAGAGCUGUGGGGGCGUCUGUUCGCGGGUGCACCAGCAUGACCGCCCAAGCCAGGGCAUCCUUUGCCCCUUUGAACGCUGCCACGGUGACUGCGUCCCAAUGGACCUCCCGCCGCUUGCCAGACAGCAGUUGGAACAGCGGCCGCAUGAUCUUAGCCGCCGCCGGAAUGAACCGAUGAUAGAAAGUCACCAUGCCUAUGAACUCCUGAAGUCCUCGCACCGUGGAAGGCUGUGGGAACUGACGUAUGGCCUCGACCCUGUCCGGCGGAGGCACUUCUCCGUGCCGGAUCUCGUGGUGCCCUAGAAAGUCAAUGGCCCGGAGGCUGAACUGACACUUGCUGGGGUUGACCACGAGGCUAUGCUCGCUAAGGUGCUGGCACGACAAACAAAGGUGGACGCAGUGCUCCUGCCACAUGCGACUAGCCACCAGGAUGUAGUCCAAGUAAUUAAAGAUGAAAUCCAAUCCCCGACUCACCGUGUCCAUGAGGCGCUGGAAAGCCUGCGCGCCGUUCUUGAGGCCGAAAGGCAUCCGCAGGAAUUCAAACAACCCAAACGGGGUGAUGACCGCAGUUUUAGGGACAUCCUCCGAUCGCAUGGGGAUUUGGUGGUACCCGUGGACUAAGUCGAUCUUCGAGAAAAACUUAGUCCCGGCCAGAUGGUUUGUAAAGUCCUGAAUGUGGGGAAUCGGAUACCUGUCGGCAGUCGCAUCCUCAUUAAGGCAGCGAUACUUCCCACGAGGCCGCCAGCCCCCAGAAGCCUUCGGCACCAUGUGAAGCGGGGAGCCCCAUCUUUCCCGGAUUACAAUCCUGGUCGUCGGGGUCACCAGUGUAGCGGGGACUCACAGGAGUCCAGCCAAGAAUUAGUCGAACACAAAGUUGUGAGAACGAAAUGCAUUUUAUUACUACUACCGUGCUGCUCCCUACUCCAACCACGUGCACGGAUGUUACCCGACCUUAAAUACCCAGGGCAAGACCCCGUGAGCCUAUGCCUCCCACUCCCAAGAUGCUCAACCCCUCCCUCCUGAGCCAAGGGUCACUAUGCCCAUGGUUAGCCACCAGGUGCCGCCACAAUGUAUUAAUAUUUGUCAUUUUAUAAUUCCCUGUAAGAUAUACAUACUUGUUAUUAGCAUUUUCAAUUUAUGGAGUUUGUUUUGCUUUGACCCAGGUUUUAAAGUUGAUGUAACAUAAUUGGCACCUGUAAUUACCACUGUUUCACUGUGAAACUGACAACAAUUUCAAAUUUCCACAUGUACGGUUUAAUGUGGGCGUGGGUGAUUUAGAUUCCACCGACUUAACCAGUUUUGCAUUUAUUUUAUAAUGUCAGUUAAUUACGUUAAUGGCACUAUAAAAUGCUAAAAAAUGUAAUAUUAUGAGAUCUAAGUUAAAUGGCUGACAUCAUUAUUAGCAAUCAAUAAACUUACUGGGCCUAAAAUAUACUGAUUUUACGUAUAUGGAUUGUAAUUUCCAUACCUAAAUAUUUAACAAUAUAAUGCCACAUAGAAUUUAUUUUUCAUGGCGUUUGUUUGUGAUAUUUAAUCUUAUACUAUAAUUUUUUUUAUGCGUGUAACAUAUUUAAAAUAUUUGUUAAAAAUUAUGUAAAUUUCCAAUUCAUGCAUGUUGUCUCCGAAAAUUCUUUUGUUGGCUGCUCAGGCACCUUGAUAAAUUGCAGCAACUCAUCGCCAGAGACCUUAUUUAACUGAGACUUGAUGGCAAAUAACGUUACAAAAAGGAAAGCCUGCAAUCCCAAGAUUGCUGAAUCUUUGUGUGUUGUGUGUGGAUUUCUUUUUUGGCAACAGCAAGCUGUGUCACUUAGCUGCUGCUCACAUAAUUAAAGGCUUCAUAAUUUCAUCAUUAUGAAAAUUCAAAGUACAUUUUUCCCCUUCUAAUAGCUGUUUUUGCAGUUUCAUAAAGUCUUUAAUGCUCUUCAUCUUCAACAUCGAUGCAAGCAAGUGUGUUAUCAUCCUCAUUAUUUUAAGCUGAAGUUGAUUAUUAAGGGCCACCAAUUUAUCAUAUCUAUUAAGUAGGAAAUCAUGAACAAAGUUAGGGAAAUGAUUCUGCCCUGCACUGGUCAUACCUUUUUGCUUUACCUCAGCCCAAACAUCUGCAAUAUUUGUCACUGCAUUGUAGAUGUUGCAUGCUUCCAAAAUUCCCUUUGAAGUCUUGCCUUCAGAUGCAUCAGUAAAUUUAACAGCUUGCAAAAAUGUCGUAAAUACUUCAAAAGGUGCAAUUAUAGUUUAAUUUAGUUUAGAGAUACAGCAUGGAAACAUGCACUUCGGCCCACGGAUUCUGCCCUGACCAGCAAUCCUCACACACUAAAGGGCCUGUCCCACUUGGCGAUUAUUUCGGCGACUGUUGGCAUCAUUGACUGACAAACCAGGUCACCGAAAAAGACGCGGCGUGACGACGUAUUGAAGCGCGGUGUUUCCUCAAGUGUCGCAACAUUUUUGUUGUCGCCGCAGGAUUUUAAAAUGUUUCAAAUCUUUCGGCGAUCUGAUACGUCAGUCAAUGAUGCCGGCAGUCGCCGAAAAAAUCGCCAAGUGGGACAGGCCCUUAACACUAUCAUACACACACU